AUGGCGUAUUUUCUUAAGUAUGAAAAAUAUCUUUUUCCUAUUGUUGGUAGUGCAACAGUACUUGUUAUUAGUCAUGAAGUAUUUGGUACUAAUAGAUAUAUACUCAAAAAAAUAAUUAAUGAAAUUCGUACAUCAUUACCAGAUACAACUGAAACAUUCGAUCAAAUUCCAACAAAACAAGAAGUUAAACAUGCUAUUAUAGAUACAUGUGAAAUUCAGAUUGCCGUUGAAUGA